AUGGCCUCCUCGUCCUCGCCCCCGCGCCCAGGCGCCGCCCAGCCCCUCGCCGAGUCCGGCAUAACCAUCCGCUCCGACAGCGAGAACUACGACGCGAACCACGAACUAUCCCCCUCGCCGCCGUCGUCCUCGUCCGCGCCGCUGAUACUAUACAAGCCGCCGACGCUGUGGGGCCUGAUACGAGGCGCGACGAUAAACCUAGUGCUGCCGUUCAUCAACGGGCUGAUGCUGGGCUUCGGCGAGCUGGUGGCGAACGAGGUAGCGUUUAGAUUGGGGUGGUCGGGGACAAAGAUAUUUCCUACUAAUCGUUCCGAUUCCCGGCGCGUAGGGCCCGGCGUGGAGAUGCGGCCCGACCCCGUGGAGCGCCGGCGGAGAAGUGGACGGGAGAUGGACAUGUACACGUCACUGGAGUAG